GAAGCUGUUCUGGGAGGGGAGCGGGUGCGUGGGCGCUGGGGCUGAACAGAGCCGGCCUGAUGCCUCCGCCUGUCUGGCGCUGAGGACCGGGCCAUCCAUCCCCCUCGGAAGGAGACCUCCGAGAAGGCGAACAUCGACAAAGGGUGACAAAAGAAGAUCUUAUUUUUACAUCCAAAGAGGUCGAAUUGUAAUUAUUCACUAUGGCAUACGGCUUGCCAAGAAAGCACACGGUGAAAUCAAUUCUGCAUAGAAGUUGUUACAACGUUCAAGAGCCCUGGGAGCUAGCUUUGCUUACAAAGGCCUUGUACAACAACAUUGCAAAUAUUGGAGUGCCUCUUUUUGAAGAUAUUAUUUAUGGCAGUCCUUUUAAAAUGAAUCCUGGAAAAAAAACUGAAGAUGUACUACUCCCCACAGCAGAAACAAUAGAAGCUGAAAGGGCGUAUGAACUGAAGCACUUAAAUGAAAUUGAACUUCAGAAAAAGGCAGCAGAGCACGUUCAGUCUUUGCUAAAAGACAAGAAAAUUGGCUUAAGAAGACCUCUUCCACCCAAGAAGUGAAGAUCAUUUUACUGUUUAGAGGCACGCUCGUUUGUCUCCCUCUCCGAAGGGGAUGAGGGGCUUCCAGACCAUUCACCUUAUAAUACACCACUCGGUGCAGACAGUAAUCAAAAAUGAACACUAUCUUGGUUGGGUGAAUGAGCUCCCCUGAAGAUAUUUCAUCUGGUGACCAUUUAAUGCACAGUCUGCACCAUCCCCUGUUGCAUCUUUUCCUUGGGCUCUCAGCCUUCAACACUACAUCCUUUAUAUGGCACAUAAAUGAAAAUAAAACGAAUAAAGAAGAAUUCUGCUCGUGAAGCACUGUAUGAAGGUGCCAUAUCCACCAUAACCUAGUUAUUCUGUGGCAGAAUCACAUUUACUGGAAAGAUAGUGGUCAUACCGUGAUCACACAUUGAUCUCAAGCAGCUCAAGACAGGUGGUUAGAGUGAGUUAAUACAUAAUUUCUCAUGUAUUGGUUUCCUGCUAGGAGUUUAGCAACACAGAUGAAGCAGUUGUGUCACAUUUUUAAUUAAGGAAUUUAGAAUUUAGUUCCCUGUAUUU